AUGCUCUUUUCAACACUAUCAGCCCUCGUCCUCGCGGCGACGGCAUCCGCUCACAUUGUCAUCUCCUACCCAGGCUGGCGCGGCAACAACCUCAUCACCAACGAGACCUUUCCCUACGGCAUGCAAUGGAACUACCCAUGCGGCGGGAUGCGCACAACCCAAAACCGCACCUACUGGCCCACGACAGGCGGCGCCGUCGCCUUCCAGCCAGGCUGGUUCCAGGGCCACGCCCUGGCCAACAUGUACGUCAACAUGGGCUUCGGCAGCGACGCCCCCGACGGCGGUCCCCUCAACAUGUCCUUCCCCAUGGUCCCCGUCUUCCAGAUCCUCGGCCCCAGCAAGAACCCCUACCCAGGCACCGUCUGUCUUCCUCAAGUGCCGCUCCCUGUCAACAUCACCGUCAAGGCGGGCGACCACGCCACCAUCCAGAUUGUCGAGCUUGCUGUGCACGGCGCCGCUCUCUUCUCUUGCGUCGACAUUAUAUUCGCCGAGCCAGGUGACCCCAAGAUUGCCAAGAUCAACGAGACAAACUGCUUCAACUCCACCGACAUUGGCUUCGGUGACGUCUACACCAUCACGACCCAGGAAUCGGGCGCGGGAUACGUGCAAGGCACGUCUGCCGGCGCAAGGACGACGGCCUGGUCUGUCGCUGGUUUACUUCCGCUUAUGCUCGGCGGGCUCUGGAUCGUGCUGUAG